AUGUCUCACAUGAUGUCGAUCUGUCAGGUGACUCUUCAUGUCCUGUGGGACGCCUUUUGCUCAUGCGUAUGCUUUUUAACUGGCUGGGUAUUGUUCCCAAAAGGCUUAUCAAGCCUGUGGUAUCGCGCACCCCUUGUGGUAUGGGAUGUGGUGGAACCGCACCAGAGGGAGCUAUCGGCCAGCGCCUUCAGAGUUUCCUACAGGAUGCAUCCACACCACGCUGAUGCCCAAGGACGGGUCUUUGGAGGCGAACUCUUGAAACUUGUGGAUGUAGUCGCAGGGAUUGCCAGCAGAAGACAUACCGAUAGAUCUUGCGUUACAAUAUCAGUGGAUCGUGUGAUCUUCUUGUGCCCGGUCUUUGUAGGCGAUGUGCUUCAUUUAUCGGUUUCAGUGAAUAGAAGCUGGGGAUCGUCUAUGGAAACUGGCAUCAAGAUUAUCAAAGAAGACUUUCGUAACGGGAAUCAGACCUAUGCCUGUCAUGCAUACAUGACAUUCGUUGCGCGGCCAAGGGCUACUUUGAGCACAUGCCAUCGAUUUUGGGAUUUUAUCUCACUCCGACAACCACCUGUCAUCAAAGUCAGAGUACCAAAAGUGAUUGCACAAACCGUCUUAGAUCAAAAACGAUAUUUACUAGCAGGACGAAGACGUGGGCACCGUAUACGACAGAGUGUUGAAUGGAAUAGUCUAUUGGAAAAGUUCAGAGAAUACGUUCUUUCUCUAAAGUAUCCCGAAGAGCAGGGUGAAAGAAAUUGGCAAGCGAAUGAUGAAGAUCUUGCCAGGAUUGAAAAGGAAGUCAUUGCUGAUAGUUUCAUUAGAAAAGAUCCAGAUGUACGUGUAGAUGAUGGAAUGGUGGUAGCUGAGAUUCCUGACCAUAUGGAACCGAUCAAAAUCCCACUGGCAGAAGUUGAGUGGCUUUACGAAGCUGUAGUAAAGAUUGAGAAGAUAGUAGCAGACCGAGGAGUAGGAUCAGCUCUUCGUCGACUUUCUACCCCAAGUUUUCAUCAGACUGCUUUCAAUAAAGAUUCAGAAAGACAUGUGGAUUGGAUUUCGAGUGAGACAAUUCAAGCGGAGAACACUCUCGCAACAACAGUCUGGAUCGUGCGACCUCAACAUUGUAAUUCUAUGGGCGUUCUGUUCGGCGGAACCCUCAUGCGAUGGCUAGAAGAGGUAGCCAAUCUGUCCGCUGGGAAUAUCUGUUGUGCUGCCUGGGUAACAGCAGCCAUAGAUAGUAUGACGUUACGGGCUAGCGCACAGCCUGGUCAUGUGGUCAUUUUGCGAGCAAUAGUUGUAAAGGUUUGGGAAACUUCCGUAGAGGUUUAUUGUGUUGCCAAGGCAGAAACACGAGAAGGAAAAGAGUUUUUCAUCAGUGAUGCAUUCAUCUCCUUGGUGGCUAUCGAUCAUGAAACCAGUCAACCUGUAAGACGAGAUCUAAAGAGGGUGGAGAGUUCCAAUAUAUGGGCUGAUAAAAUACGUGAGACGAGUGAAUCACGUCGUCAAAAUAGACUAUCUGAAAAAGCAAUUCUUCAAAAGGUAUGCUGA